AAAAGUUCCCACAAUCCAUUGCGCGCCAGCUUUAUCCGCAUCCGAGCAUCCCGCUGGUGAACAUGUCGGACAAAAAGCAGACCGUCGACCUCGGUCUACUCGAGGAGGACGACGAGUUUGAGGAAUUCCCAGCCGAAGAUUGGACCGGUUUGGACGAGGAUGAAGACGCUCAUGUUUGGGAAGACAACUGGGACGACGACAACGUCGAGGAUGAUUUCUCCAAUCAGUUAAGAGCGGAGCUGGAAAAACACGGUUACAAGAUGGAGACGUCCUAAGUGGCUGACAAGAUCCACUUGGAUAAUAUGGACAUUUCUAUGUGACUAUUACAGGUCGACCACAAAAGGAGGGAAGGAGAGGUUUUUUUUUCAUUUUCUAUGAAUUGUUGACAGAAGUAAAACACUUUGAGAAAAGAA